AUGUUUUCUGGCUUAGUUAUUUUUACCUUUGUUUUAACAAAUAUUUGCGGCCAAGUAUUAGUACCGCCAUAUACCAAUUUGGCACUGGGAAAAAGAAUCACCGCAACAGCAACAUGCGGUGAAAUUAAUGGUAAACCAAUAAAAGAAAUGUUUUGUCAAAUUGCUGGUUCCAAUCAGUAUAGUCCACAUAAUCAAUAUUCUUAUACUACUGUAAAUGAUCGUUUAUCAGUAUUUCAAGAAUUUAAAGCCGAGAAACAAUCAUUUGUUCAAGGUGGCCAAAUUUGUGAUUUCUGCCAAGCGAAUACUUCUUUUGCUCAUCCAGCAGAAAAUAUGGAAUUCCAUGUUGCGUAUGUGUGGAUACAAAUGGCUAGUAGUCCAAGACCAGCGUCAUGGAUUCUGGAAAGAUCGGUGGACUAUGGCAAAACUUUCAUGCCAUGGCAAUAUUUUGCGGAAACACCUGCUGAAUGCGCUCGGCUUUUUGGACGAAACAGUCUGCAACCGAUAAUAGAAGAUGAUUCGGUGAUCUGUACGCAUGAAUAUUCCGGUAUUCAUCCAAUAGAAAAUGCAGAAAUCAUGAUUAAUUUAAUGGAAGAUCGUCCUGGUCGACAUAAUUUCAGUCAUUCAUUGACUCUGCAAAGUUUUUCUCGCGCAACCAAUGUUCGUUUACAACUUCUUCGUACAAAAACGCUUCACGGCCAUCUAAUGGACGUUAAUCGUCGAAAUGACCCAACAGUUACUCGCCUAUCAAAAUGUAAAACUUGUUCGAAAGGAAAAGCAGAAUUAUUUUGGAGCUAUACCCAAAAUUUGCAGUAUUAUUACGCAAUCAAAGAAAUAUUUAUGGGUGGAAGAUGUGUUUGCAAUGGUCAUGCAGGCACUUGCGAUAUCCUCGAUGCACGUCGACCUAGGCUUCUUGUUUGCAGAUGUGAGCAUAAUACAUGCGGUGAUCAAUGUGAACGGUGUUGUCCUGGUUAUGAGCAGAAACAGUGGCGACGUACAAAAGAGGGAGAACAUUUCGUUUGUGAACCCUGUAACUGUCAUGGCCAUAGUGAAGAAUGCGAAUAUGAUGCAGAGUUGGACGCAAAAAAUUUAAGCUUAGAUAUUCAUGGCAAUUACAACGGAGGUGGUCGUUGUUUGAAUUGCCGAGAUAAUACAGAAGGCGUUAACUGUAAUAAAUGUUCGUUUGGAUACUACAGACCAAAAGAUAAACUUUGGAAUGAAACUGAUGUUUGCCAUAGAUGUGUCUGUGAUCCAUUAAAACAUACUGGAGCAUGUCAGGAAGAAACUGGUCACUGUGAAUGUAAACCGCAAUUCACCGGGGAAAAUUGUGACAAAUGUGCUCUUGGUUAUUAUGGACCACCAGAAUGUAAACCUUGCGAGUGCUCUUUGAACGGCACUAUUGAUGAAAUUUGUUUGCCCGAAGAUGGUCAAUGCCCAUGUAAAUCAAACUAUGGUGGACUGUUUUGUUCGAAAUGUGCAUUGGGCUAUACCAAUUUUUCUGCUGGAUGCAUUGGUCUAUAUUUUCAAGUUUUCUGGAUGAUAUUUUAUAAUUUUAACUGCGAUGGAAUCACAUUCGUUGAAUUCGCGUUAAUUUUAGAAUGCAAAUGUGAAACGAUAGGAUCAGUUCAUUCACACUGCAAUGAAAACAGCAGCCAAUGUUCGUGUAAAUCGGGUUUUGCUGGGCUUUCUUGCGAUAAAUGCGCCAGUGGAUACUUUAAUUACCCAAAAUGCGAAUGUAAAUUGCGAAUAAAUUUGCCUAAAGAGUGCAAACGAUUGGCUUAUAUUAAUGAAAAAUUAGAUUGUGACUGUGAUCCAAGCGGAACAGAAGCGGAAAUCUGUGACAAGGCUAGUGGAAAAUGUAUUUGUAAAGGUGGAUUUUUUGGAGAAAAAUGUGACCAAUGUCAAAAAGAAUUUUACGGAUAUCCGCACUGCAAAGUAAAAAAGAAAAUAAAUGUUUUCAUUAGUGAUCAAAAGUGUAACUGUAGCAAAAUUGGAUCACAAUCUUUAAUAUGCGACACAAAAACUGGUGAUUGCCAGUGUUAUGCGAAUUUUACAAGUCGUAUCUGUGAUCGUUGUGCACCAGGUUUCUAUGAAUAUCCGAAAUGUAUGCCGUGCUCUUGUUUAGCGAGUGGUUCUAAAGGUUUAACGUGUGACAGUCAAGGCCAUUGCUAUUGCAAAGACAAUUUUCAAGGUGAAAAAUGCGACAAAUGCAAAGAGAACUUUUAUAAUUUCCCCAUAUGUGAAGAAUGCAACUGCAAUCCAAAUGGUGUUGUGACAUCAUUUGCUGGAUGUGAUAAAGUUGCUCCAGGUGAGCUUUGUACCUGCAAAAGGAAUGUGGCAGGACGAACCUGUGACCAAUGCCAGCCAACGUAUUGGGACUUGCAAUAUCAUCACGAAGAUGGUUGUGUGGAAUGUGACUGCGACAUAGCUGGUUCUUUAUCAAUGCUAAACACCUGUGAUCUUGUCGAUGGUCAAUGUUUCUGCAAGCGUUAUGCAUCAGGACGAAAAUGCAAUAAAUGUGCUUAUGGAUUUUAUGACUUACAAUUGCAUAAUCAGCUAGCUUGCCGAAAAUGUAAAUGCGAUGUUGGCGGUGCAUUAGGGAUCGGAUGCGAUAUCAAGACAGGGCAGUGCAAAUGUAGACCUCGAAUUACUGGCAAAAGAUGCAAUGAACCCAUUGAAAACCAUUAUUUCCCUACAUUGUGGCAUAAUAAAUAUGAAGCAGAAGAUGGAUUAUCACCAGAAAAUAGAGCCGUACGUUUUGCCACUGAUCAAUCUCUUUUCCCGAAUAGCUCAAUGAGAGGAUACGCUGUGUUUUCUCCAAUCCAGGAUGAGGUGAUUCUUGAAAUAACCAUUAGCAAAGCUAGCAUUUAUCGGCUUUUGCUUCAUUUAAUGAAUCCAACAACGGUAGAUAUUGGUGCAGAAAUCAUUAUUACUCCAACAUACACUCAUACUCAAGAUGUAGAGCAGUCGGUGAAAGCGACAUUUUCACCAAUGGAUAUGCCAUCUACUAUCUGCGUUAAUAAGAAUCAACCAUUUGUGUUAAAUCCAGGACGUUGGAGAAUUCAUAUUCGAACAAAACAAAGAUUGUUUUUGGAUUAUAUCGUUUUGCUGCCAUCAGAAUAUUAUGAAGGUACGCUCCUAAAAGAAAGCCCUAAUGAACCUUGCGAAGGAUUAAGUAAAGAAAAGAAUAAUUGUGUCGAUUUUUUGUAUCCACCCUUAAAAACUGCUGCACGUACAAGUGUAGAAGAUGGUCUCAUGACUGAAACAAUUGAGGAUGAGACCGUGCGAAAGCCAUUAGAGAAGAUGCCUAUAGAAAUAUUACCAGCAAUAAUAGGAAAUGCGGCAUAUAUCAGAGCUGAUAAUCGAAGUCGGCAAAUCCAUAUGGAAAUUGAAGAUUAA